UCCAUCGCUCUCUGUCCAGUCCGCCGGCCGACGCUAGACCGCGCUCCUCGAUUUCGAGCCGCCGACUCGUUCCGCCGGAGGUUUCGACCCCAAUGGCCCUCCCCAACACCCAGCCCCAGGGCUACCCCAGCUUCAAGCUCGUCCUCGUCGGCGACGGCGGCACCGGCAAGACCACGUUCGUCAAGAGGCACGUCACCGGGGAGUUCGAGAAGAAGUACGAACCGACUAUCGGCGUGGAGGUGCGCCCGCUGGACUUCCAGACCAACUGCGGCAAGGUCAGGUUCGAGUGCUGGGACACGGCCGGCCAGGAGAAGUUCGGCGGCCUCCGUGAUGGAUACUACAUCCAUGGCCAUUGCGCGAUCAUCAUGUUCGAUGUCACCUCCCGGCUCACCUACAAGAACGUUGCCACCUGGCACAGGGACAUCUGCAGGGUUUGCGCAAACAUCCCCAUCGUCCUGUGCGGCAACAAGGUGGACGUGAAGAACCGGCAGGUCAAGUCCAAGAUGGUGACCUUCCACAGGAAGAAGAACCUCCAGUACUACGAAAUCUCUGCCAAGAGCAACUACAACUUCGAGAAGCCUUUCCUCUACCUUGCGAGGAAGCUCUCAGGGGACAUGAACCUCCGGUUCACCGAGGAGUUUGCCCUCGUACCCGCCGAAGUCACCAUCGACGUCGCCGCCCAGCAAAAGAUUGACGCGGAGAUAGCAGCUGCGGCGGCAAUGCCCCUCCCGGAUGAGGAUGGUGACAACAUGGACUGAGCUGAUGGAUCGGAGUUUAUACUAGUUCAGUAGCAAACAUACAUAUGAUUUAGAAUUAGACUUCUUUUGAGAAGUGAGAUUUCUGUCUCCAGAUCAGACUUCCAGCGGGUGUUUCAUGAAACUGGUUUUGCGACAGUUCAUGUGGAUUCAUAUGAUUUGCCAAGUGCUUAAUCAGUUUCUUAUCA